UCUCCGCAUUGCGUCUCUUUCUCAGUGUCUCGGUGGGUGAAAUGGUUCGGCUGUUUCAUACACUCUCUCCGGCGAUUUCCCGAUUGAAUUUCAUCCACCCUAGAAUCUUUCUAGCGGCGUCUCCUUCAAUUAGAUUACAGAGAAACCAUGUCCAUAAUAAGCUUAAACCCAAAAUCUCUCCUUCCUCUUCAUCCAAAUUCCAGAGGACGCGUGCUUAUUCUACAACAACUAGAGUUUCCUCACUAACCAAAAGAGAAAGUUGGAAACUUGAUGAUGAUGGUUUGGUUGUUCUAGGCAUUGAAACGAGCUGCGACGACACUGCCGCUGCUGUCGUGAGAGGGAACGGUGAGAUUCUUAGUCAAGUCAUUUCUUCUCAGGCAGAACUGCUCGCUCAAUAUGGAGGCGUGGCUCCCAAACAAGCUGAAGAAGCACACUCCCGGGUUAUUGAUAAGGUUGUGCAAGACGCACUCGAUAGAGCCAAUUUGACAGAGAAGGAUCUCUCUGCUGUUGCUGUUACCAUUGGACCUGGUUUGGGCCUCUGUCUACGCGUUGGUGUGCAGAAGGCUCGAAGAGUCGCUGGUGCUUUUAAUCUCCCAAUCGUAGGAGUGCAUCACAUGGAGGCUCAUGCCCUUGUAGCCAGAUUAGUGGACCAAGAGUUAAGUUUUCCUUUCAUGGCAUUGCUUAUAUCAGGAGGGCACAAUAUUAUAGUUCUUGCUCAUGAGCUUGGUCAGUACACACAACUUGGGACUACAGUAGAUGACGCUAUAGGAGAGGCGUUUGACAAGACAGCAAAAUGGCUUGGCCUUGAUUUGCGCAGAAGUGGUGGACCAGCUGUUGAAGAGCUUGCUCUUGAGGGUGAUUCAAAGUCUGUUAUGUUUAAUGUUCCAAUGAAAAAUCAUAAAGAUUGCAACUUCUCUUAUGCUGGUUUGAAGACUCAAGUGAGGCUAGCCAUUGAAGCCAGAAAAAUUGAUGCUAAAUGUCCUGUUUCUUCUGCAACAAGGGAAGACCGAAGAAACCGAGCUGAUAUUGCUGCUUCUUUCCAGCGAGUAGCUGUCUUGCAUCUGGAGGAAAAGUGUGAGCGAGCAAUAGACUGGGCACUGAAACUCGAGCCUUCUAUAAAACAUAUGGUAGUCUCUGGUGGUGUUGCCUCAAACCAGUAUGUACGGUCUCGACUCAAUAACAUUGUCGAAAACAAAAACCUGAAACUUGUCUGCCCUCCUCCUAGCCUUUGCACAGACAAUGGAGUAAUGGUGGCUUGGACUGGUCUCGAGCAU